AUGUGGAAACUGUUCGCUACGGCUUAUCCAGAUGCAUUUGCGCGGGUGGCCCAGUAUCGCCUGAUGAAGAUCGGGAGUCUAAAGCUGUCCCUGAGGGACUACCUGGGUAUGGUGAGGAGUGAUUCCUUGAACUGGCGGGUGGUGUUGACUCUGGCGACUUCGUUUGCCAAGGUCCCUGAGCUGGUAGAGAUCUCCAGGGUUAGGAACCUGGUUGCGCUGGAGAUUUCCACCCCGCGGGAGGUCCAAUCCGUUGUUGACGGCGAUUCUGGGGACCUAGAGAUGUCGGUGACAGCGUUGAGUGAUCGGAUUUUCCGCACGUGGAGUGAGCUGGCGCAGGGUGCUGGCGCUUUUGCACAUCUUCGGGUGCUUAAGCUGUAUUAUCAGGAAGAUCUGUCGAAGGGUGUAUUGCAAUAUCUGAUGGAAUUUCCGUCGCUGCGAUUUCUCAUCGUCUACGAGUGUCCUGGCCUCUCUUCUAUUGGCAUGGAUGAGGACUUGGACGGGUGGGAGGUGACUGCGGAGCCAGUCGUCUCGAAGGAGUGGCCCGUUAUGUCACUCUAUUCAUCCUACCAGGCAAGUCUGGUAGCGGAUAUUGACGGCGAGCCAUCUACCAUCAACCUGAUCUGUCCGAUUUUGGACUUCCAGAUUGGUCCCAGAACGGGUCCUUUGCCAUCUAGGGAGCAUGACCGAGCCAAAACCCUCUGUCUACGACGCAGAACCGAGCCCAGACCAGCCAGCAAGAAGCUCAAAACAAUCCAGAAACCGUCUGGGCCACGGAAGCGGAUGAUGAAGGAUCGUAGGGGCAAGGAUAUUGGCGAGAGCCUGAGGGAGUUUCUCUAG